GGUAGCGGUGGUUCCAAGUUUGGAGGAGGAGGAGGAGGAGGAAGAUUUGGUGGAUCGAAAUUCGGUGGUGGCAGUGGCGGUGGUGGCGGUAAAUUUGGCGGUAACGGUUAUGGUAACAAGAAAGAAUUCUCGGGUGGGCAGAACAUGCGUCGCCCUAAUUGGGAUUCUAUGUCGCUACAGCCAUUCAACAAAGAUUUUUACAACCCACCACCGGCCAUACUUAACAGAUCACCAUAUGAGGUAGAAGCCUAUAGAAACAAACAUGAAAUCACCAUCAGUGGUGUUGAUGUACCUCACCCAAUUGAAAAGUUUGAUGAAGCAAACUUCCCAGACUAUGUCAUGCAAAGUAUCAGUAAUAUGGGCUAUAAAGACCCAACCCCAAUUCAAGCGCAAGGAUGGCCUAUUGCUAUGUCUGGAAAGAACUUGGUUGGCAUCGCCCAAACCGGUUCAGGCAAAACAUUGGCAUACAUUUUACCUGCUAUUGUUCAUAUCAACAAUCAACAACCUGUAAGGCGAGGUGAUGGCCCUAUUGCCUUGGUAUUGGCACCAACAAGAGAGCUUGCCCAGCAAAUUCAACAAGUUGCAAGUGAUUUUGGAAAUGCAGCCUAUGUCCGUAACACAUGUAUUUUUGGAGGUGCACCAAAAAGGGAACAAGCACGUGACUUGGAAAGAGGUGUUGAAAUUGUCAUCGCUACACCUGGAAGACUUAUUGAUUUUCUAGAGAAGGGUACUACAAACUUGCAACGUUGUACGUAUCUUGUACUUGAUGAAGCUGACCGCAUGUUGGACAUGGGUUUUGAACCUCAAAUUAGAAAAAUUAUUGAACAGAUUCGCCCAGACAGACAGACUUUGAUGUGGUCUGCAACAUGGCCCAAAGAAGUGAAAAAGCUAGCAGAAGAUUAUCUUGGUGAUUACAUGCAGAUUAAUAUUGGAUCAAUGCAGUUAUCAGCAAACCAUAACAUUUUGCAGAUAAUAGAUGUUUGCCAAGAGCAUGAAAAAGAAAAUAAAUUGAACACACUAUUGCAAGAAAUUGGAGAAAGUCAAGACCCUGGUUCAAAAACUAUUAUAUUUGUUGAAACCAAGAGGAAAGUAGAAAAUAUUACAAGAAAUAUUAGACGAUAUGGAUGGCCGGCAGUAUGUAUGCAUGGUGAUAAGACACAACAAGAAAGAGAUGAUGUAUUAAAUCAAUUCAAACAAGGCAGAGCCACAAUUCUUGUUGCAACUGAUGUUGCAGCUAGAGGACUUGAGGCACUGGCGGAAAGUUAUUGUGUUCUAUUUGAUUACUGCCCCAAAUUUAUGGGCAUGUUACUGCACUGGAUAUGUACCUAAGACAUUUUUCUGAUGCAGUUGGUAAAUAAAAAUAUGCAGAAUGCAAUAACUCGUCAAUUUAAAGGUGCCUCAAAGUGCCUUUCACUUUGAUUGGACCCGAGGCCGGAAAGCUGGAUAGUAUGUCCGUAGUUCGGAUACACUUGAAAGUUGAGGAAAACCUGGUGAUGCACUGAGACAAACAUUUGCAAAAAUAAAGAUUAUAGAAGUGCAUUGUUGAAAAACUUGACCAUGGAUUGAAAAUUUUGAUUAUCAGGAAGGGUCAAGGGUUUUCUGUUUCGGCCAUAAUGGAGUUUUUCAAGGGGCAAUAGAUAUUUAGAGAGAUUACUGACUAACCGAAAUAAGUUUGCGCCCUGAAGAAGACUCCUGGGUUCCGAGUGAGAGGCAAUAGAUACAUGUAUUUUCUACAUUUGUUAGUGUAACUCACAUAUGUGGAUGGAAUUAAAUAUGUAAUAAACUUUGAUUAUCCUAACUCAUCUGAGGAUUACAUUCACCGAAUUGGUAGAACGGGACGAUCUAAAUCAAAA